AUGGGUGAACGUGUGAUAUACCUGAAUACCGGCGCCAAACUGCCCCUUGUCGGGUUGGGGACAUGGCAGUCAACCGGCGCAGAUGCGAAAAGACCGGUAUCCCUUGCCCUGGAGGCGGGCUAUAGACACAUUGAUACAGCAGCAUCCUAUCGGAACGAAGCAGCCAUUGGCGAGGCGAUCCGGGAAUCCACAAUUCCUCGAGAAGACAUUUUCGUGACAGACAAAGUCUGGUGCACAUGGCUCAGCCGCGUCGAGGAAGCUUUGAACCGAAGCCUCGAGGCUCUGGGCAUUGGAUACCUCGACCUUUGGCUCAUGCACUGGUACGAUCCCAUAUACUUCCCGGACUCUUCGCUAAUGCUUUCAACUGCCUUCAGGCCAGUCCCACUCAAUCCCAAAGGAAACGAUGCAAAGGCACCUACGCUUCCAAAUGGCUCUCCAGACUACCAGAAGGACUGGGACUUCGUUCGUGCUUGGAAGUCGAUGGAGGCUGUUUUUCGCAAGUAUCCGGACAAGGUCAAGGCCAUUGGAGUGAGCAACUUUAGCACGGUCAAUCUCGAAAUCCUUCUCUCUCAAGCGGCUGUUGUCCCUGCUGUUAAUCAGGUGGAAUUGCAUCCUUCCUUGCCUCAAGACAAACUGGUCGAUUACUGUCGGUCCAAGGGCAUUACGAUGAUAGCUUACUCGCCACUGGGCUCUCCUGCAUCUUCCCUCAUUCAGGAUCCAGAUCUACAACAAAUCGCAUUGCGGAAUGGGAAGAACGUGGGACAGUGCCUUAUCGCCUGGGGUACGCAGAAAGGAUGGGCUGUGGUCCCGAAAUCAGCAUCAGAAAAGCGCAUUCGAGAAAAUCUCGAGUCCUUCAGCUUAAGUGACGACGACAUGAAGUUGAUUGACUUAGUUGGACGCAAAAUGCCCAAGAGAUACGCCAACCCUGCAUGGGCUGCUGGUAUAUGGCAUGACGACACUGAUUGA